AUGAGCCAACUUUCUCAAAGUGAGGCCCUUCAGAAUUUUCUGCAAGCAAUGCUUACACGCUACUCACAGCCUAAGCAACCUCACAGCAAAGAGUUUUGCAAGCGGUUACUGGUCGAUAUAUUCAAAUUACUCGAUGAUGCAGACGAUUACGACGUAUUGAUUCAAGUCGGUGAAGAGCCGAAUGUCAAGGAAUUCCAUGCACACUCGGUUAUCCUGCGUGCCAGAUGUCCAUAUUUCAGAAGAGGUCUAUCUAAAGAAUGGGCUUGUCGACUGGAUAACAAGAUUGUGUUCAGAAAGACAAAUAUCUCGCCCGCUGUAUUUUCAGUGAUAUUAAGGUAUAUCUACGGUGGUAAUAUUGAUUUGGAACAUGUCCACCCUGAAGAUAUAUUUGACCUUCUCUUGGCGGCAGACGAAUUGGCUAUUGAUGAAAUAUUCGAAUAUCUGCAGAGAUAUCUUAUCGACCAUAACGUUCGCUGGCUAUAUCAGAACUUUGUUUUAGUCCAUCAAACUGCGUUCGAACAUUCUGAUUUCAAGGAACUGCAGCACUUUACAAGUAAAAUAAUAAAACGUUCACCGGCAAUAGUAUUUAAAGCAGACGACUUUUACAUGCUAGAAGAGACUUUGUUAUUGGAACUGUUAGAGAACAACGAGAUUAGACUAGACGAAGUUGAUAUAUGGGACAGAAUACUCAGGUGGGCAAUAGCGCAGACUGAUGCUCCAAGCGAGGAACUAAUCGACUGGAGCGAAGAUGAUUUUGUGGCAGUAGAAGCAAAGUUACUCCAGAUCUUGAAGAAGAUACGUUUUCAUCAGAUGACGGCUUCCGAAUUCUUCAACAAUGUUGUUCCUUUUAAGCAAUUACUCCCGAGUUAUCUAUUCAAUGACCUCUUGCGGUAUUUUAUGGUCCAUGGAAGUAAACCGAAUUACGGGUUGGAUGGUCCGCGUAGAGGUGAGACGGAAUCUAUAUUGACGGAUAGUAAGCAUCUGGCAGUUGUAGCCAGUUGGAUAGAUAAAAAGGACAUUAAAGGAUGCGGAUGGGUGCCAUAUGGUGCUAGUGAGAAUCCAUACGAGUUCAAAUUGCUUGCUCGAGGUAGCAGAGACGGAUUUCCAUGUUCAGUUAUGAUAGACAGAUGCAAGGGAAGAGGUGAAACUGUUAUUCUCCUCAAAAUAGGACAUUCUAAUCAAAUAAUCGGCGGAUAUAAUCCAAUUGGGUGGGAUGAGUGUGUAAAUACUUGGGGAUAUUCUACUCAGAGUUUUGUAUUCUCGCUGGUGGAUAACGAGAAUUCGCGCGUCCUUGCAAGCAGAGUAAACGAUCCGAAGUGUGCGGUUAGGACCAAUGGAAAGGAUACACUGCAGUUUGGAGCUGGAGAUUUGGUGUUUAUGUAUGCAUAUGAUAAAGCAGGGAUUGUCACUUGCUCCAGGAAUUCGUAUGACCAUAACGUCUUGGGGAGCAUUGGACCGGUUAAAGUCGAUGAUUACGAAUUGUUCUUGGUUUCGACCAAACAACACGAAGACGUCGAACAGAUAUAG